AUGGAUGCUUCGAUCGAUCCGAAAAAAGGUCCCCGCAAUGGAAAAACAAUUCCAAAACUUGAUGUAGAUUGGUUAAUUACCGGAUGUGGGUCAAAUAGAGGUAACGAUGGGAUCAGUGUAAGUCCUGAGUGUGGAUCGAAGUUUGGUGCUUCAUUUAAUGGCCAGGACAAUUCACUUAGUCCCAUGACUCAACAUUUGACUCAGCCUACUAGGGACUCCGAACUUACUGGUAAAGAUGGGGAGAUUUUAAGACGCACGCAGUCAUUGAACACUGAUAGCCGUGGACAUACUGAGGGUGCUUGUUUCAAGAAAAAGAAGAAGAAGCUAGGGUUUUUUGAGCGUGUUUUUGGACGUCGAAAGUCGGCAAAGAAGGGUUGCGAUAAUAGGGAGCUUCAAUUAUCUUGUUACGAGUGUGAAAAGACUGGAAAUGGCGGUAAACAGCAAAAAGCUCCAUGGAGCGGCUGGUCAAACCCUACAAGUCCUGGCUCUUCUGCUGGACAGGAUGUUAAGUUGCAGGAGUUUUUGAACUAUUAUGGAACGGUGGGAUUUUCCAACUUUCGCCAUGUGGAUGAUAAAGAUAUGUGUCUGCCAGACAAGACUAAUGAAUCGCAAGCUAAAGAAGAUGAAGCAAGUACUAACGAAAGUUUAGUAACACGGACUGUUAUUUUGGACAAAUUAAAUCGACCAAUACCUCCGCAUCCCGAUAAACCCAACCUAGCGCCUGCAUUAAGGCGUACGAGGAGACGCGGUAGUUUUUCCGUAGCUUCUAAAACCAAGCAUGAAUCUACUGGUGGAAAAGUAGGAGCCUUUCUAAGGAAAGUAACAUCUAAUUCAACCGAAAUACUGGCGAAUACAUUAACUUCGUCUGAUUCAGAAAAAGAUGAAUUCAACCAGAAUAGGGCCGGACCUUGUAAGUACUCAACCAUCCCUGGGUUGGAAGACUUAAAAGCAUUAAGACGAGUAACAUUUGCUAAAAACACUUAUUUUAAUAACCCACCUCAGCAAAUUUGUUCAAGAAACCCUAGGGUAGGCGAGGUUGAAAUUAAAGAGGACGGUUCUGUGGUGAUUCAUAGACUCACAGCAGAAGAAAAACGUUUAAUUUUGCAACACAGUUGUACAGGCAUUGUAGUUGGUGGGUCAAGGUGUUUGAAAUCAAAUGAUGAUGAAACCGUUGAUAGAUCGUUAGAAGGGAAAGAAGGUUACCCCUCUCGUAGGCGGGCUUCCCCCCCUCCACCCACUAUAGAUCCCCAUAAUGAGGUAGAGAGACAUUCUGAAAGCGCGAGGGCCAUUGAGGAUGCUGAAGUGACUGCAGAGAUUCCAGCAAAAAGUGACAGUUCCUAUAUUAAAAAUGGUAAUUUAGACGAGGAUCUUGCUUUGAGCUCAAAGAUGAGUAGCAUAACUAUAGAUAAGCAAAGCUUACCUGAAAGAUCAAUGUCAGUAUCAUCUCUUAGUUCAGCUGAGACUUACGAAUCUGAUGUAACGAACACUGCAGAAAUACUUCCUCCAUUUGAUCCUCAAAUUCCUAACCAUAUAUUGUACACUCGUUGCUGUUAUUUAAGAGAGAUUCUUCCAAUCCCUGCCAUUAUGAAGCAAAUUAAAAAGGAUAGUACUGACCCGAUUCCACUUUUACAACUUAGAAAUCCUAAACCUUCAACCGUUGAGAUAUUGUCUUUCACUGAUUUCCUUUCAGUUGCCCCAAUUUUAUGUGUGUCAUUAGAUGGAGUUUCAUUGAGUGUGGACAUGUUUCGAAUUAUUUUAAGCUCUUUGGUUAAUAGUGCAACUUUAGAAAAACUAUCUCUUAGAAAUACUCCAAUUGAUGAUGAGGGCUGGAAGUUUUUGGCUGAUUUUAUAGCAAAAAGUAAGCACUUGCGAGCAAUUGAUUUGACUAUGGUGCCAAAUAUCCCAACUAAUGUUCAAAAACUCUCCAAGUCAUCACGCCAUUGUACAAUCCCAAGAAUGGUUUGCGAUAUGAAUGGCCGGGCCGAUCGCAACUGGGACUUGUUUACUGCUUCUGUAGCAAUUAAUAGUCAUAUGGAAGACAUGCUAUUAUCUGGUGCUAAAUUUUCGCUGGAGCAGUUUAAGCACUUUAUUAAAAUAGGCUGUGUCGCUGCAGAAAGGUUAGGAUUGGCUUACAAUUUAUUGUCCAAAGAACAUAUAUCUACUUUAUCUAUAUGGUUGACAGGCGGAAAAGCUUCAGGCUUAGACCUUGGGUUUAAUGAUUUAAACGGCAAACUCCGGCCAUUGGCAGAUGCAUUGUUAUCCAAAUCUAAAAACUCCGAAAAGAAUACUAUUAGUUGCCUAUCAUUGAACUCAUCGAACCUAAAAAUCUUGAAAGGAAGUACGUCCCAAACAAACGAGGUGUUGUCGCUUUUGGAUGCAUUCAGGUAUUGCGAAUCAUUGAGCUUCAUUGAUUUUUCAAAUAAUCCGGAUAUGUUCACGUACGGUAUUGCACCUCUCAUAAACUAUUUGCCAGUCUUAACAAAUUUGACGCGCUUGCAAUUGAAUUAUAAUAAUUUUACAAGGCAGGAUUUGAUAUCAUUGGCUGAAGUGUUGCCUUUAUGCACUAGCUUGAACUAUCUUUCCAUUGUUGGCAGCAAGUUGGACAUACCAUCUAGUAGCGCAUUCGCAUCCGCUGUAGAGCUCAGCUCCUCGAUGUUUACCUUAGAAGCGGACUACGACAAUAUUCCAGAGAGAAUCAGACAAAAGAUUUCCUUGUAUAGUAUAAGGAAUAUGGAGCGUGCUAUGCAUACAAAUGAAACCGAUAAUGGAUCUGGAUUACAAAAGGAAUUGACGGCUUUACUAACCGAAAAGAUUAGUGACAAUGACAAUUACUCUAUGUUAGUGAGCAAGUUCUCUGACAAGGUACACAAAACAAGACUAAGAUUUCAAAAAGUGAUCGAAGGCUUGUUUUCCCUACGUAUUAGAGGUGAAUUAAACAUAGAAGGUAAAGAGUCAUUAAUCCGUUUGUGUUUCCUAGAUGCUAGCCUCGAAAGGGGGUUAAACUUACUUUCAAGUCGCUAUCAACGCUCUCCUACAAACCAUGCUGGUCCAACUGAUUUCAGCAAUGCAACUCCUCCAGAAUUUGAGGCAAUAAAGCAAACAAAUUCUGUAGCCAGCAUUUCGUCACUCUCCUUGCAAGAGAGCGGUCAUGCGGCACUAUUGCCUUUCCACCAGCCAUCAAUUAACACUUACGACCCCGCAGAUGAGACCAUAGAGUUGAGGACCAAUUUCAAUGUUAGGAAUCGACACGCAGAUAAACAGCGAGAGGAGGAAGGAAGGGUAUUGAAGAAAACACAGGAAAUUCUAAAAGAAUUAAGAGGCACUGAUGAUUGCAACCUAGCAUUCAAUUCUGAAACCUUAAAAGAUAUUAUUGAACAAGUUAGUUGUGACCAAAUAAAAAAUUUCCUUCUUAGCCAUGAUAUUAGUCAAAUUAUGGAGCUAUUAGACGCAUUACAACAUCACGGAGUAGAGAUAAAUGAUAUCUUUAAAAAGGCAUCAUCAGAUAGCUCCCCAGAUUCUACCAUCCAUGAAAACAACUUUGAUGAAGUGUCACCGCCGAACACUUUGCCGAAGCGUAAUUCUAUUUUGGAAACGAAGAACCAUACCAUUCAUGAUAAGGACAAUGAUAUUAAUGAGACAGAAAUAAUGGAUCACGUAUACGAUGUAGUUCUUGACAGAUUGGAAAAGACGAGAACUAACAGAGAUGGCGAUUGA